GGCCCCGCCCUCCCCGGGGUGUGCACCUCAUCUCUGUGUCACCCGUCAACCUGUUUGGCCAGGCCCGGGCAGGUCUGAGGAUGGGUGGGGAGCCCUGAGCCGCCCCACCUUCUCUCCUCCUCCUCCUCCUCUGCCGCCCCGCCCUGGGCCUGGCGCUCAGGCCUCGCUGAGCUGGGCCACCCGGGUGCCCGAGGCCAGGAGAUCGGGGGUCUCUAGGGGGUGGCCCCUUCGCACCUGGCUGCUAGGAGGCCUCCCCGGAGCCGGCCGGGGGGGGGUGCCCUCCCCAGGGGGGCCGGGGCCAUGCCGCCUGGCGCCCUCUGAGGCCCCGACCAUGGCCCGCUCGCUGACCUGGCGCUGCUGCCCCUGGUGCCUGACCGAGGACGAGAAGACGGCCGCCCGGAUCGACCAGGAGAUCAACAAGAUCCUCCUGGAACAAAAGAAGCGGGACCGGGGGGAGCUGAAGCUACUGCUGCUGGGCACGGGCGAGAGCGGGAAAAGCACAUUCAUCAAGCAGAUGCGGAUCAUCCACGGGGCGGGCUACUCGGAGGAGGACCGCAAGGGCUUCCGGCCCCUGGUCUACCAGAACAUCUUCGUGUCCAUGCGCGCCAUGCUCGAGGCCAUGGACCGGCUGCAGAUCCCCUUCAGCAGGCCCGAGAGCAAGCACUACGCCAGCCUGGUCAUGAGCCAGGACCCCUACAAGGUGACCACGUUCGAGAAGUGCUGCGCGGUGGCCAUGCAGUGGCUGUGGAGGGACGCCGGGGUCCGGGCCUGCUAUGAGCGCCGGCGGGAGUUCCAGCUGCUCGACUCGGCCGUGUACUACCUGUCCCACCUGGAGCGCAUCACCGAGGAAGGCUACAUCCCCACGGCGCAGGACGUGCUCCGCAGCCGCAUGCCCACCACCGGCAUCAACGAGUACUGCUUCUCCGUGCAGAAAACCAACCUGCGGAUCGUGGACGUCGGGGGCCAGAAAUCAGAACGCAAGAAGUGGAUCCACUGCUUCGAGAACGUGAUCGCCCUCAUCUACCUGGCCUCGCUGAGCGAGUAUGACCAGUGUCUGGAGGAAAAUAACCAAGAGAACCGAAUGAAGGAGAGCCUGGCCCUGUUUGGGACCAUCCUGGAACUGCCCUGGUUCAAAAGCACCUCCAUCAUCCUCUUCCUCAACAAAACCGACAUCCUGGAGGAGAAGAUCCCCACCUCUCACCUGGCUACCUACUUUCCCAGCUUCCAGGGCCCCAAGCAGGACGCGGAGGCGGCCAAGCACUUCAUCCGGGACAUGUACGUCGGCAUGUAUGCCGGCUGCAUGGACGGCGCCGACGGGGACCAGAAGGGCAUGCGCUCCCGGCGCCUCUUCAGCCACUACACGUGCGCCACGGACACGCAGAACAUCCGCAAGGUCUUCAAGGACGUGCGGGACUCGGUCCUGGCCAGAUACCUGGACGAGAUCAACCUGCUGUGACCCAGGCCCCGCCGCCCCCGGGCUCGGGCCGCGCAUGGCAGGCGGGACCUGCGGGCGAGUGGGCAGGAGGUCCGCCUGGAUGCCCCCUGGGGCUCCAGCCCCAGGCUCAGGUGGCGGAAGGGCCACGAGAGAGUCGGAGAUGGAAAGCUGGUCGC